AUGUUUCUCGUUGCGACGAUUCUCUCAGGUAUCAUAGAAGGUCUGAUCAAGGCUGUAUUGUCUGCUGUUGUCAAGGAAUUCUUACAGGCGCAAAAAGAUAGUGAGACAAUACAUGAGAGGGUGCACACCGCACUUUUGAUUAUAAGUGCAGUGCUUAUUGAUGCAGAGGAGAAGCAAAUUAAGAACCAUGCAGUGCAAUCUUGGCUCAAUGAGCUAAAAGACGCCUUAUACCAGGCCGAGGAUGUUCUUGAUGAUAUUGCUACAGAUGAUCUUCGCAAAGAAUCUACCAACUUGUCUGACAUGGUAACAACCAAAUUGACUUACAUGAUGCCCGCCUGCUGUUCGAUCGGCGAUUUAAAGAAGGUGAAGGAGAGUCUCGAGCGUCUAGCCUCACAGAUAGGUUACCUCAACUUGAAAAUUGACACACAGGCGAUGACACACAUAGCAAGACUGAGGACAACAUCUCUAUAUGAAGAACAAAGAGUGUUCGGUAGACAUGCAGACAAGGAGAAGAUCAAAGGAUUCUUGAAGCCGGAUAAUAAAGAAAAUAUCAAGAUGGUUGGCAGGGCAACAAUAGGAAAGUACCUGGACAAUGAGAAGCACUUAGAGAAUCAAAGCGUGAUAUCCGUGAUAGCCAUUGUGGGGAUUGGAGGGGUUGGCAAGACCACACUUGCACAAGUCAUGUACAAUGAAGAGCACUUAAAUAAUCAUUUUACAAAAAAAGCAUGGAUUUAUGUGUCAGAGGGGGUUGAUGUUUUCAGCCUUACCAAGACAAUUUACGAGUCGAUCACUUCAAGCCAAUGUUAUUUUACUGACUUAAAUCUACUUCAGGUUAGCUUGAAAGAGAAGUUAGGAAAAGAAAAAAUUCUGCUCGUUUUUGAUGAUAUGUGGAGCUGGAGUGAAACUUGUAGGGAAUGGGAUCUGCUAUGCCUACCAUUUGCAUAUGCUGCUGAGGGGAGCCGGAUUAUUGUGACAACAAGAAGUCACCAUGUUGCAAAAAAUGUUUGUGCCGCUAGCUACACCCUCACACUUCAGCCUCUAUCUGAUAAAGAAUGCUUGGAGUUGUUCAAGGAUCGGGUACGUGAUGCUCAUGAGCAAAAUCUAAAUCCAAAACUGGAAGAUCUUGAAAAAGAGAUACUGGAUAAGUGCAAAGGCUUGCCUUUGGCUGCAAAAGCAUUUGGUGGUCUGUUACGGUUUAACAGAGAAGUUGAUUAUUGGAGGAGGAUCCUAGACAGCAAGAUCUGGACUCUUCCAAGUGGUUCGACCAACAUACUCCCAGUUUUACGAGUCAGCUACCAUUACCUUCCACCUCACUUGAAACGAUGCUUUGCCUACUGCUCCAUAUUUCCAAAAGGGCAUGCUUUCGAAAAGGAAAGAGUAGUUCUUUUGUGGAUGGCUGAGGGACUCGUGGAGAAGGCGGAUAACACAGAGAGAACAGAACAUGUUGGAGAUUUAUACUUUUCAGAACUAGUUUCAAGGUCACUGUUCCAACAAGGCAGGGAUACAAAGUUCACAAUGCAUGAUCUUAUCAACGAGUUGGCUCAGUUUGCAGCAGGGGAGUUCUCCUUCAAGUUUGAGAAUCCAAUUCAAGGGCCUCUAUCUGAUAAAGAAUGCUUGGAGUUGUUCAAGGAUCGGGUACGUGAUGCUCAUGAGCAAAAUCUAAAUCCAAAACUGGAAGAUCUUGAAAAAGAGAUACUGGAUAAGUGCAAAGGCUUGCCUUUGGCUGCAAAAGCAUUUGGUGGUCUGUUACGGUUUAACAGAGAAGUUGAUUAUUGGAGGAGGAUCCUAGACAGCAAGAUCUGGACUCUUCCAAGUGGUUCGACCAACAUACUCCCAGUUUUACGAGUCAGCUACCAUUACCUUCCACCUCACUUGAAACGAUGCUUUGCCUACUGCUCCAUAUUUCCAAAAGGGCAUGCUUUCGAAAAGGAAAGAGUAGUUCUUUUGUGGAUGGCUGAGGGACUCGUGGAGAAGGCGGAUAACACAGAGAGAACAGAACAUGUUGGAGAUGUAUACUUUUCAGAACUAGUUUCAAGGUCACUGUUCCAACAAGGCAGGGAUACAAAGUUCACAAUGCAUGAUCUUAUCAACGAGUUGGCUCAGUUUGCAGCAGGGGAGUUCUCCUUCAAGUUUGAGAAUCCAAUUCAAGGGGUGUCAGGAAAAACCAGGCACAUAUCAUACUUACGAGACCAAUAUAGUGGCGAGGCUGUGAAGUUUGAGAUGCUGCACAAUGCAAAGUCUUUACGAACUUUUCUUCCUUUGAGCGAUGGAAACUCUUCCGAAAUCUGCAAUUUAAAUACUAUCGUCAAAGACAAGUUACUUCCCAGUCUUACCUGUCUGCGUGUAUUGUCUUUGUCACACUAUAGUUUGGUGAUGUUGCCGAAAAACAUUUUCAAGAAAAUGAGCCAUGUCCGGUACUUAGACCUUUCUGGAACUGAUCUCAAGAAACUUCCACCAUCCGUUUGUUUUCUGUAUAAUCUUCAGACUCUUCUGCUAGCGUACUGUUACAAUCUGAUCGAGCUAGACGAAGCUAUCUGCAAUCUUACCAGGCUGAAUCAUCUUGAUCUGACUGAUACAGUGGACUUGAAACAGAUACCAAAACACUUUGGUAGAUUGAAGAAGCUCCAGAAUCUUACCAGUUUCGUUGUUGGCAAAGGGGAAAAGAUCUCUGUACUCAGAGAUUUUACAGAACUUGGCGGCAAACUCACAAUCCUCGACCUGCAUAACAUUGGGGAUAUCAACGAUGCGGAAGAAGCAAAUUUGGAGAGCAAGACCCAUCUGAAAGAGAUAGAUUUUACUUGGAGAACACAAACUCGUGUCGAGAGCUAUUAUCCAAUGAAGGAUAAUGAAGAGGCAAUCUUUGACAAGUUACGUCCAAAUAACCAGAUAGAGAAACUCACCGUAACAAAAUAUUAUGGAAUAAGUUUCCCAGCGUGGAUGAGUGAUCCUUCUUUCGCUAGAAUCGUACGUUUGAAACUCAUUGAGUGUAAAAAUUGUAAGCAUCUGCCAUCUCUUGGGGGACUUCCAGGUCUCAAGGAACUUUGGAUUUCAAACCUCAAGGAGCUGAUAAGCAUAGGUUCAGAAUUCUACUACAGCAAUUCUGAACCGCGUGAUCAAAGACAACAACCGUUUAAGUCCCUUCGAGUAUUGUCAUUUGAAGACAUGCCAAUUUGGGAAGAGUGGGAGAACGUAGAGGUCUAUGGAGGAACACUAUUCCCUAACCUCGAGGAACUUGUGAUAGAAAGAUGUCCAGAACUGGCCAGUAGUCUACCGGGCCGCUUCCCUUCUCUGAUCACUCUACUAAUUCAUCAGUGUCAAAAGUUAGUUUUUCAGCCGGAUGCACGCAAGUAUAAACAGCUUCAACAAGAAGGAAUAACUAGACAGUGA